AUGGUGUUGCAGCAGAGGGAGAUUGAUCGGCAACGCCAAAAGCUGAAUGAGCGGCAGGCUGACAUGGACCGCCGGCAAAGGGAUGUCACUGCAGCCUUGGAGGCAGCCAUUCAAUUGGCACAUGGACAACCUGCACCUGCCUCCCAACUAGAUCAACCACCUAGUACUCACCCACAACAAAAUUCACAUUCAAAACUUCCCCAGCAUCACCACAAUCUGCCACAACCAAUGCAUCCCCAGAGGCUAGAGCAACCCCCUACUACUCAACAGGAGAGGCCUUUCCAGGAUCCUGAGCAGCAACCACCCUCUCGCAAUGGUCGAGAAAACACCCAGCAACAAAGGCAGAAUAGGGUCGGACAACAUCCUUGA